UCUGGUGGGGGAGCAGAAGCUUGGGAGAGAAGAGAAAAGAAGCCGGGCAGAAAUCGCCUGCGGCUACAUGCUGGAGAAAGACCGGGACUGGCGUCUCCUUCAGACCAGUUUUAAAACCAGGUUGUAGAAGACAAGAUUAUCUUGACUUUUGGAGAAAAAGAAAUAAUCCAUUAACACAGUUAAAAGGCCCUGAAAAAACAACCAGAAAGGAUGAUGAAGAUUACCUAUGACAACUAUCCUGUAGAGACACCAGAGAAUGCUGUAGAAAAUCAAAAUGUCAUCAGUGGGAACAGAUCAAGAAAGAACCCCCAAGAGAUCUCAGAAGUGGCAUUAUUGCCGAUGCCGAAUAAGGGCAAAGCAGAAGAAGAAACCCGCAAUGAUCCAAGAGCAAACGCUCCAUCUGAUUCAGAAGAGUCCACUUACUAUUCAGGUCCCGAGUCACCAGGGGAAGAUGAUGCCAUUGGUGAAAAUAGAUCAAGAAAGAACCCCCAAGAGAUCUCAAAAGUGGAAUUAUUGCCGAUGCCGAAUAAGGGCAAAGCAGAAGAAGAAACCCGCAAUGAUCCAAGAGCAAACACUCCAUCUGAUUCAGAAGAGUCCACUUACUAUUCAGGUCCCGAGUCACCAGGGGAAGAUGAUGCCAUUGGUGAAAAUAGAUCAAGAAAGAACCCCCAAGAGAUCUCAGAAGUGGCAUUAUUGCCGAUGCCGAAUAAGGGCAAAGCAGAAGAAGAAACCCGCAAUGAUCCAAGAGCAAACAUUCCAUCUGAUUCAGAAGAGUCCACUUACUAUUCAGGUCCCGAGUCACCAGGGGAAGAUGAUGCCAUUGGUGAAAAUAGAUCAAGAAAGAACCCCCAAGAGAUCUCAAAAGUGGAAUUAUUGCCGAUGACAAAUAAGGGCAAAGCAGAAGAAGAAACCCGCAAUGAUCCAAGAGCAAACGUUCCAUCUGAUUCAGAAGAGUCCACUUACUAUUCAUGUCCCGAGUCACCAGGGGAAGAUGAUACCAUUGGUGAAAAUAGAUCUGGAGAGAUUCCAGAAGUGGAAUUCUCGCCGAUAUUGCAUGAGGGCAAAGAAGAAAAGAAAAGUGGUGAUGAUUUAAGAUCAGAUGCCCCACCCACUUUAGACGAGACUCUUUAUCUUUUGCACCCUGACAAAAGUGUUUCAAGAGCAGCGUCACCAUCAGCAUCUCACCAGUCCCAUUAUGAUCUUCCAACCAACCAGCAAAACCAGAUUUUUUUUCAAAUCCUGAAGGAUUUACUUAAAAACUCAUUAGGGCAGUGGUCUGCGGUUGGGAAAAGGUUGUGGACCCCUGCAUUAGUGUAUGGCAACACAGGUGUACGUCACAGUGGUGAACAUAUCCUGGAGCUCAUAUACAUGAACAAGAAGUGUGAAUUAAGGAUCCUGAAUUCUGAUAGAAUUUGCCAAUGGAAGCAAACAUUGAAGACAGGUGAUAUUUACCUUAAAUUGCGUGGCAAUCAUGUGGAACAUCUCAACCUAGAGACUAUCCAGAAUGUUCAGAAUGAGCUGGAAUCCCUGGGCAUUCAGGAUAAUAGAAUACAGAGUUGCUUCUCCCUGGCUAAAACUAAGUUCAUGGAAGAGCUCUCAUAUGUUCAGAGUAACAUGAAACUGGACAUAAUUUGUGACAUGGUUAUAAUAGCUUUUAGUGAAGGUGAAGGUGAGAAUGCGGCCAAAGUUUUGUAUGAUGAUGUCCUAAGUAGCCCCAAGUACUUCAUGAAAGUGAAGGAUGUGUGGGUAAUGAUUUUGAGAUACUUAUUUUUUCAUCUUUCAGAGAUUGAGCAUUUCCUAACUCCGCAUGUUAAAACGCUGUUUGAGAAGUUAUUUGACAAAUUAAUGAGGGUUGUGGGCUUAUCAGUCUCUUUGGCCUGAAAUAUUUAACUAUAAAUACUCAACUCUCCAAACAAACUACACAGAGUUCUGACUCCAGUCCUCUGA